CAAUUGGAUUUCGACACGAGCAGACGACGGGGACCGACGACCAGGUCUAGUUGGAGGUGCCUACACACUGGCUCUAAUGGGCUGGCGAAACUAAACUUUCACUAAACUAUCGAUUGCGACGGGCAAGGUGUGCGGAUUGGUGGGCUUCAGUGAAUCGCAGCAAGACCGUCUAUGUUGCUGCUGCAGCAGCAUGUGUUUGUAGAAGGUAGAUAUCCCAGUCAGUGGAGAAGUGGAAGAAGUGCACGGCAAAAAUAAAGGAAAAAAGUCGAUCGUGGAGUGGGAUUAAACGUUCGCAAAGAAGAAACGAGAUUAACAACCACAACCACAGGCGCGGCUUAGCGAUGCAGCAAAGUGUAAACGUGUUGAAUGAAGGUUCUAAUCCCACGGAAGCAAGAAAUGGCAACGAUAUCGAUCUGCUGCUGAGCGGCGGCGGUGGCGACUCUUUCCAACGCAACAACUUUGACGACAGUGUUAGAAAUACUAGCAGCAGCACAGUCGCGAGUGAUAAAAAUAUUCGACCUGCCUCGCUGCCAAUUAAGAAAUGCUUCAAUUAUACGGAGGAAGACGCCGUUGGUAGUGGUAGUGGUAAAGCUGACGAUGAAUUCGAGCUGAAUCAGUCGCAAGCCGAGGCGGCAUUCCUGAGUCCGAGCGAAGGUCACUUUUUCAAGCGCUAUGCAGAAGUGUCCAAAUUUAUCAGAAAAGACAACAACGCAGCAGACUGCCCCGCGAAGAAUCGUCGAAGGUCGGAUACGUCGUUUAUGCUAGCAAAGCAGAGGUUAUCCUCGUUCAGCACAACCGGCUGCGGAGUCGGAGGUCAGCAAGAAGCUAAUGCCGAGACAAUGGACGACGACCUGGCUCCACUGCUGCCCAGCAAACGCGAACUCUCGCAAGAGGAUAUCUAUCAUUCCCAGACCUCGCUGGUGUCCAGCUCCGAAGGGGGAAUCCUCGCCGAAGGCGAAGAAACCUCCAGCGAGGACUCGCAGGUGUCGGACGGCAACUCGUCGCGCAGUCCCGCCUGCGUGCUCGGCCUCGUCGAGCGGCUGCUGCGGACGCAUCCGGUUUGGUUCCUGCCCGGGAUACAGCGCUCCGGCGCGGUGCAUCUGCUGCAGGGAAAGGAGGAAGGGAACUUCAUCGUUCGUGGCUCCAGCCAGUCCAAAACGAUGGCCGUAUCGGUGCGUCUCCCGGUGGACACCGGCCCGUACAUCGAGCACUACUUAAUCCAGUCCAACGACGGACAGCUCAGUUUGGAGAGUUCGCGCUUCAAGUUUGAAUCCAUUCCAUCGUUGAUUGCCCACUACUCGCAGUGUUGUGAUGAACUUCCCGUUCAACUGUGUCUUCCGAAGGCGCUGAGAGAGGCCAAAAAUCGACAGCAGCUCUCCUCGCUGGCCCUGUUGGGUCAGGAGUUUUGGCGAUACCCGAUGGCAUCGCCAAAGCCGAAAACCGUACUAUCUGCCAACUCUAGUCAUCUGAACACGCCCUCGGAUGCCACCCAGUCCAGUGGCAUUGGGUUGACGUUCAACAAGCAAGUGCAUGCGAAUUUUAAUCAUUUUGGAGGCCAGGAGGCCAACACCAGCUUCAUCGGUCCGGGGGAAACUCCCACGGACACCAUAUCAACGCUGAGCAGCUUCACCGUUGGACCUGGCCAGCAGCUGCUGAGUCCGGAAUCGAUUGACAGUGCUGUGGUAAUUUCCCCCACUGACCCGAAUCAAACGGGCAUCAUUGGGAAAACGAGUACUUUCAAGUCGAAACGCCCGCUACCGUCACCCGGUGUGGCGUCGUACGACGUUGAGAAGCAGAUCGAUCUACUUAACGCAAACCUGUUCAGCUCCAGCAGCAGUGACCAUGAACUGAAGAUAAGCCAGCUGAACGAAGUCAUCCAUACUAGCACGUUGGAGCGGCAGUUGAAAACUCCACGACCAACGCCGCCAAAUACGCUGAACAUUAAGCCCAUCCGGAGUCCACCGGCACCUCCGGCGAGACGGCUGAAGCCACCGAGUGCGGCUAGCACCCCGAACGAGCCAAAUCAGCUGUUUUCCAACAAUAUUACGGUGACCACAACGGUGACCUUCAGUGUCGACAAUCACACAAAUGCACAAAUCAUCGAGCUGGUCUCGCCGGCCGAGAAUAGCAAGAAUUUUACAACGUUCCAGUCUACGGCGGCUCGUCUUCCACCGGAUGGAGAGUGCCACGUGGGAGGUUCUCUCGUAAAGUCCCAUGAAAUUAUCGAGUCGGAGUCUUUGUCGAAUAUGAUGGCGAUCCAGUCGCCGCUUUGCAGCAGCAAUAACGGAAACGGACUGUCGUUCCGCAAGGUUCCUAAAACUGCAGAAUCCAGCUCCAGUUUCGCUCACACUAACCGUACUAGCAGAAGAAGCAAACGAAAGGAGUCGAAACACUAUCAGGAAUCGGAUAUUUUGGAAUCUCCCUCAGUGUACUGUCGAAGCAAUCUUGGUGAUAAAAUUAGUGACUAUGAAGAUAUCUGGACUCAGGACAACAACGGCAACACAACGUUGGUUAAGGUGGACAAGGUAUCCACCUUUAAGCCAGCAGUAGACAAAUCUGUAAAUCUGUUGUCGCCAGUGGCCCACACCCCGGUGGCAGAUCCUCCGGGAGCGUUUAGUGACUUUCCCAAAACACCGAUCCUCUCGUCGUUCAGCACGGAAAGUGUCCAUCUGAGACACCACUACAGAGAUGCCAGCAGUGACCGCAGCACUCCGACCGAGCAGCACAGAAACACGGUGCUGAAAACCUUUUCGCCGACUCCAACUCCAACUCAGGAAAAGCCUUUGCACAAUCCCAUGCUGGAACCUCGUUACAGGAUGGGAUUGUGUUUCCCAAACGUAACGAAUCGAUGUGACUUGAACGGGAAUGAUAACCGGAACGACAUGUCACCGGUGAAUGUUGGUAUCCUUCCUGCCAGCAAACAGGACAGUCCGUUCUACGCCGAUCCAGCGGACGUCCUGAACAGUAUCAUUCGGAGAAGUCCGUUCAACAGGUCAACGAUGCUUCCAAACAAUCAGCGCCACUCGGAACCACCCAAGCAGCUUCUUUCGGGCGUUGAUUCACAGUCCCCUCUCCCGUGGGCCACGAUCGAGCAGGACGCAAGGUACAAGAAUCAACUGGCGGCAUCGCUGGACGAGCUGAAGAAUCCGAGACACGCCCCGCAGCCUAAGUUCGUAGACAAGUUGCACUUUGACCGGCUGUCGCUCGAGCAAACCGAAGCCAACGACUACGACAAUGACUUGCGCUGGAUGACCGAUCAAACAAAGUCGGAUGCGGCGAUUCAGAGGAAUGUCAAAAUAUUGACCCAGGGCCAAGAGCUGCUAGCUGAUAACCGAACCGUAACAGUACAUCAAAUAAUUGCCAAACGAUUGCCGCAUCUCGAUUUGCCAGAGCUGCCAGCGGCAAAUGGAGGCACCAGCGUAUACCCUGACGAGUCCAAAAACACCGUAGAAAACGGAUCGGGUACCUUGACCCGCCCGCAGCGAAAAUCUGCCUACGAUAAUGUGGAGAAACAUGGUGCAGGAUACGCAUCGUCCCUGAUCAACAGUGCCCAGUCCGACGAUGGAACCGUCUUUUCCGAACCCUGGGACAGUUCUCAAUGGGAUAGCUUUCUACCUCAGGAUAGCAACGCCGCCGACACGAUUCCGAUUGGCGACGGGCAGCAGGCAGGUAAAUCGUGCGACCGGUACGGAUCUCGGAACGAGUUGUCCUCGUACAACAGUCUUUCGUUGCGGCGGGAGGUGCGCGUGAAGAAGUCGAGCCCAUCGCAGAAGGUGGCGACCAUUUUGCGGUCGAGAAGCUGCCGGGAUCGGGAGAUAUUAUGCCACCCCCGCAAUAAGACUGUUUUCAGCGGACCGGGCGAAACGAUCGGUACUUACGCGCUGUCGUUGGCCGACGACACGGAGUCGACCUUCUCGCGGAAUAUAUCAAACUUCAUAUCAUGCACCAAAGAGUCCAAGGCGGCACCGCAGGUCGUCAUGCGCAACAUGCGGCAGUUUAUGAGCGGGAUGAAAAACUAUCUGGUGAAGCACGGCGAGGGUGAGUUCGCCAACGAGGUCCAGAAGGCGCGAUCGCAGCUCAAGUCGGACGAGUUCCUGAAUUUGGACUCGAUACUGGAGGAGGUGAUGCAUCGGCUGGUGAUUUUGCCGCUGCGCGAACAUCUGUACGGGCUGUUUGUGGAUUAUUAUACCCAGUCCGGGGACAUCCAGGUUCUGGUGGAGAAGGUGAAGCAGGCCUCCGGGCGGGGACCUGCGGUGUUCGGGAUUAAGAACACCGUCAUCCCGCCAAGUGCGAGCGCGUUACGCCAGAUCUCCGCCCUGUUCGUCCGACUUCAGGAAACGGAACUACCGCUGGAAAAGCUCGAUCUCCUCCUAACAGCGGUGUCUGCCAUCUUCGAGUCCACCGCCAGCAGCAUAGGCCAACAGCUCAGCGCGGACGACUUCCUGCCCGUGCUCGUACUGGUCGUGGCCCAUUGUGGCUUCAUCGGGGCCGAAAUCGAAGCCGAGUACAUGUGGGGACUGAUCCAGCCGUCGCUGCUGAGUGGUGAAGCCGGAUAUUACUUGACCGCGCUGUGCAGCGCCGUGCACGUGCUGAAGAACUUUUCCCUGCACGAUCACGAAGGAAUCGCUGGGUCGAUGGAGUGGGUCUCGUCAACGCUGCCGGAAUGUUCGUCGGUUCUGCGGGUCAUCAUUCCGGACGAGUACAACGGAUCGAUUCAGACGCGAACGCUGCCUAUUCGGCCGCACACCACCACGAGGGAGGUCUGUCGAAUCAUUGCUCACAAGGCGAGAAUUACCAACGCGCAGGAUUACGGACUGUUCAAGCUGAUCGAUGGAGAAGAAACUCUUCUACAAGACAACGAGUGCCCCCAGGACGUGCGGAUGGCGGCCUGCGGAAAGCACUGCAUGAUAGCCUACAAGCGGGUGGACGCGAAAAUCGCCUGGCCUACUGUUAUGCCAACGACUCUGACUGAUAACCAAUAGCACUACGGAUAAAAGUUUCCAAAAGUAACAUGUUUUAUUUAUUCGAUUCAUGCACAGAAAAAGAAGGAAUGGUUUCGUAUGCCGCAAAACAAUAGCAGAUAACUGUGACAAUUAAGGAAAUAUAUAUAUUCAUAUAUUUAUUUUUACCGAUAAUAUAAUUUUCAUCUGUAAUAGCUUUUUGUUAAUGCUUGCUAAUGAAGUACGAUAAUUUUGUCAAUUUUAUUGGCUCAACACGUGUAAUCGAGCCCGCAACAAAAAUACGAGAGACAUAGCUAUGAAAUUCUAAGAAGGACUGAAUCGUUUCGUAAAUACACUUCAAAUAUACCUGCUAUCGAGUUGUGUGAUUAAAACAUCGAAAUUUCGCUUAGCUUAGUCCCACACUAAUUAUACCAGGACAAAGUAAUUCCGAUUAUAAUAUUUUUGCAACAUCCCACAAGCAGAGUAAAAAAAAACGUCCUGUCAUUUAUCUAACCGUAUAUAAUCAUUUCACAUCUAAACAUUUAGAAAGUCAUUGUCAGGAACUGUUGAUUUUCAUUUUUAACUGUAACAAUUGGACUCCUUGAAGCUGUUUUAAUCGACAAAGUAAAGUUUUUUUUUUCAUUUCCGACUAAAAAAAUAGCUCAAAUUCCUGGUGCAAUAAAAUCAUUUUGUGAAACUCAAAAAAUUUAAAAUUACUGACUUUUUGAAAUUUUAUUAUUUUCAAUUUUUGGUUUUUCAAAAAUCAAAAAAAUAUUUUUUUAAGUUUUACGAUUUGAAAUCUUUUGAAAUCACUAAAAUUUUAUUUUUUUAAUAGUUUUUUUUAAUUAAAAAAAAAACUUAAAAUUUCUGAUGUCUUUAAUUAUAUUGUAAAUUAUUAUCAUUUAAUUUUUUUUAAUUUGCGAUAUAUUGUGAAAACGUCUUUUUUUGUUUUCAUAGCUUUUAUUUUUUAAAAACAUGUAGUAUAUUAGAUUUUUUUUCUUUCUUUUUUUAAAUUUUCGAUGUAUAGGAUCGCAUAAAGUUUUUUUCCGCUAAAAUUUUUGGUUUCAUCAAAUCUUACAUUUUUUUAAACUAAUUAUUGCAAAACAACUAAACUUGUGCAAAAUGCAUUUUAAAACACUUUUUUCACUAAAAUGUUGAAAAAAUGUUAUUUCAAUUAUUAUAUUUUUUUAUUUUUUUUUUCAUUCAAUUCUGUCGAUUGGAAAAGCGUCGCAAAAUAGUUCUAACAGAUUAAGACAAAAUAUCAGCUGCUUUUGACAUUGGCUUUUAAAACGUUGAGCUGUGCUUUCUUUCGCCAAAUUCUUCCAUAUUAAACGAAGUACUUAUUGAAGCCGACUCAUAACAUCUGUACAUAUGAUCGCGUAGUAGAUCAGAUUUCAACCUAUCCGUCUUUCGAUUCUCCACUUAGGUAUCACUUAGAAGUUUCAAGUUUUGGGUGUAGCUGUUUGCGUUUUUCGUUCCGUUACCCUUCGAUUAUUAUUGUUUAACCAAUCGUUUUUGUGUGUCGGUCAUGUAAUGACAAAUAAUGUAGCGAAAUGCGUUGCCAAAAAAAAAAAAAAAACGAGGAAAGAAAAAGGAAGAAAGUAACUCUAAGUAAAAAUUUGCACCCGACAAUCUAAUGAAGAAACAGUAUCAAGCGUUUUUGUGAUUACUGCUAUGUGUAGAUGUUACGUGAAAUCGUCAUCCGUUUGGACCAAGUCAAUCCCCUUCUGUCUCCCCCUCCAACAAUCACGUUGAAUGUGUUUUUUAAUUCUUAUUUAAUCCUAGUCAGAAAAAAAGAAAAGAAGAUCGUUUUAUUUGGCUAUAUCGUCUAUUUAAUAAUUUUGUUGAGCGUCUGUUAGCUCACUUUACCACUUUAUUUAACUUAUUACUCGAGAGUGAACAAAAGAAAACAAUUAAAACUUUCGGAAAUCUAAUUUCAUCCAACAAUUUGCCCAUUUGCCAAAACAACCAAUAUUUAUACAUUAUUCGAUUCUCAGACAGUGUGUCUUUUACCUUAUGUAACGCGUGCAUUUUUGAAUAGAUAUUCCAACAACACUACUAGUUUGUAACGUUUCUAAACUUGUGUAAUUGCUCAUUUAAAGGACAACAUAAAAAACAAAACUACAAUGCUCACUCUUAUACUAACAAUAAAAAAACUAUAUUCAGCAUAUACACAAAUUGCAAUAAGGCUGGUUUGGAUUUGCUUUGCGUUUGCCCUAACGAGAAAAAUAAAUAAAUAAUAUUUUCAUAUUAUGCAUACUUUCGCCAUGACCAGUAUUACUACAGUGAACGGAUUACCCGCAAACAAACUCAGAGCAAAUUCACUCGCCCCAACGUUGUCGUACCCUCUUCUUAUUAACAAACUUGCCAAAUAAAAAGUAAAUAAAAAGUUUUGGAUGCAUCUAUUUUUACAUGAUAUUCAACUAUGUAAACUCAAUCAAUAAACUAUUCAUAAACAA